ACUUCCUAUCUGCCUACUAACGACCUGCGUUGCAGUGGGCCGCCCCGUCGCACCCUGAAGGCGAUAGUGCUUACAAAUAAGUGUUCGAAGCUUGCUAGUAGCCGUAUUUUUUCCAGAUUGAGACGUACAGCUUUCUAUUGUUGUCGAAGUGUGGCGCUUGCCUGACCGGGUUUCAGAGUCGCAGGAUGUCUCGCUAUUCAAGGCCGCCCAACACAUCACUCUUCGUCAGAAACGUGGCGGAUGCCACCAGGCCGGAGGAUUUGCGCCGUGAAUUUGGUCGGUACGGCCCAAUAGUAGACGUUUACGUUCCACUUGACUUCUACACUCGUCGCCCACGAGGAUUUGCUUAUAUACAGUUUGAGGAUGUUCGUGAUGCUGAAGAUGCCCUGUAUAAUCUUAACAGGAAAUGGGUUUGUGGUCGACAAAUUGAAAUACAAUUUGCUCAAGGUGAUCGGAAAACUCCUGGACAAAUGAAAACCAAAGACCAUGGCUGUUCUCCAGUUGAUCGCAGGCGAUCCCGAAGCCACAGCAGAAGGAGGACACGUAGUCGGAGUACCUCUUUGGACCGUGGUAGGAGGAGGUCUGGCAGCUUAAAAUCAUCAAGGCGCAGAAGACAUUCUUACAGUCAUUCACGUUCAAAAUCUCCUCAAAGGCGUUCCAGGACACCACAGAGACAUUCCUUCUCUAGAGGACACUCUAGAUCAAUGGAGAAAUCACCUUCUGGCUCACCACCAAAGCAAUCUAGCUCUGGGUCCAAGUCCAGGUCAGGCCAGAGGCGUUCUGGCUCUACUAGAUCCCACUCGAAAUCUCCUCGUCAAAGACAUUCUAACUCUUUGGCACGAAAAGAAGCAGCCAAACAUUCUCGUUCCCGUUCCAGGUCUAGGUCACGGUGUUAUAGGGGAAAAAACAGCCGACAAUCUGGUUCUGACGAAGACUAGUGUACAUUCUUGUACCCUGUAGAGGUUGUUGCAAGUUUUGUCCACAAUUUGCAGACUGCUUAUCUGCCAAGAAGUUUACAAUAUCAGCUAGACUUCCUUGCUUACUUUUUAAAAACAAGUUAGGAUGUUACAUGUGAAACACCCAGGCAUAUAGUUUUGAGUGUGGUUUUGUUUUUGGUCUGAACACAUGAAUUUUUUUUUUUAGUUUGUAAGUAUUGGACUGUUAAAUGUAUCAAAAUAUUCUCAAUUGUUUUCCUGCAAAAUAUAGGCCAGCAUUUUAUUUUACAUUCUAGAUUAGCCACCUGGUAUUUAUCAAGAAGUGAUAAAAUUAAAUAUUUUCAUUUGGGAAGAUGUGUGUAAGGCAACAUCUGGCAAGUUUGCUAGGCUUAAAAACAAAUAAGGGCACAACUGAAUAUUUUAGUGCUCUUAUUUAUGGAUAGUGCGAUUUCCAUUCUAUUAAAAUAUGUACACAUCUGUGUAGAAAUAACAUUUAAAUCUAAAGAUUGAGAUUCAUUUCAGCAAUAAGAGUUAAGGCAUCACGUUUUACAGAUGAGAAUUUUUUAAAGAUUGUUUUAGGAUUGCAUUUGACAAUUUUUUUUCUGGAAAAAGUUGCAUAAAAUACUCUUGUUUUGUUUCCUGUGCUGCAUAACCAUUGUUUUGUUGCUUUCUGCAGUAUUUUCUGCAUUAGUCAAGUCCUGUUUAGAUGCAGUAAGUAGUUUCAUAAUGCUUUGAUUUUGCCUCAAGUGCUGUCACUUAAAAUGUUGGACAGUUCAAUUGUCCAAUGGUUUUAAUAAACGGAAAGUUUCCAACCUAAA